CCUCUCGCACUUUACCCUCUAGAAAAUUGAACAGUGUUUCCGGCUCUUCUCAGUUGUAGAAACUCGUAAGUUUUCGGCAGUUUCCGGGGAGACUCGGACACUCCGCGUCUCGCUCGCUCUGUGGCGCUCGCCCGGUGCGGUGGUGCAGGGUCUCGGGCUAGUCAUGGCGUCCCCGUCUCGGAGACUGCAGACUAAACCAGUUAUUACUUGUUUCAAGAGCGUCCUCUUGAUCUACACUUUCAUCUUUUGGAUCACUGGUGUGGUCCUCCUUGCCGUUGGCAUUUGGGGCAAGGUGAGCCUAGAGAAUUAUUUUUCCCUUUUAAACGAGAAGGCCACCAAUGUCCCCUUCGUGCUGAUUGGCACUGGCACUGUCAUUAUUCUUUUGGGCACCUUCGGUUGUUUUGCUACCUGCCGAGCUUCUGCAUGGAUGCUAAAACUGUAUGCAAUGUUUCUGACUCUCAUUUUUUUGGUCGAACUGGUCGCUGCCAUAGUAGGAUUUGUAUUCAGACAUGAGAUUAAGAACAGCUUUAAGAAUAAUUAUGUGAAGGCUUUGAAACAGUAUAACUCUACGGGAGAUUAUAAAAGCGAUGCAGUAGACAAGAUACAAAAUACGUUGCAUUGUUGUGGUGUCACCGACUAUAGAGAUUGGACAGAUACUAAUUAUUACUCAGAAAAAGGAUUUCCCAAAAGUUGUUGUAAACAUGAAGAUUGCUCUCCACAGAGAGACGCUGAUAAAGUGAACAAUGAGGGUUGUUUUUUAAAGGUGAUGACCAUUAUAGAGUCAAAAAUGGGAGUUGUUGCAGGAAUUUCCUUUGGAGUUGCUUGCUUUCAGCUUAUUGGAAUCUUUCUAGCCUACUGCCUCUCUCGUGCCAUAACAAAUAACCAGUAUGAGAUAGUGUAACCAGUGUAUCUGCGAUUUACUCCUCUCCAACUUCAAGGAUACUUAAGGUAGCCCCCCGUGAAUUAUAAGAUUGCCUGGAUGGAGGACUGACGACUCUACUUAUCUAAGUAGACUUAAGAACUACACCAAUAGGCUGAUUCAAUCAAGAUACUUGUUCAGUAUGUUCUAAGUCCACCUUCUGUCCCGUUCAUCUUGAAUUGUCCCCGUGUCACUCUAAAACACUGGAAGAGCUAGUAAAUUAUAAGUGAAA